CAGCGAUCCUUUCGUCGACGUGAGUCACGUUACAUCGUUUCCAACAGGUCAAUUGAUCGCGAAAACGAGGCUUACACGUCAAAGAGCACAGCCUAAACAAAUUUUCAUAAUCCAAGAGGCAUGGCUUCUCGCGGCCUGCUCUCGUCGACAUGGCGCGCCGCCACCGCCGCGGCACUCCGACCCACGGCCGCCGUUAGACACACCUCGAGUAGCUCGACGUCGGCCAUCGCCUACAAGGCUCUCCGCCGCCGUCAAGCGCCGCUCCCGACCAGCGACGCUCCGCCCGCCUGGUCCUCUGCCCAGGCCGCCGUCUCCAACAUUCUCUACGAGACACCCGUGCCGUCCUCGGCGCCUCCCAAGCGGCACAUCCUCAACUGCCUCGUCCAGAACGAGCCCGGUGUCUUGUCCCGCGUUUCCGGUAUUCUCGCCGCCCGCGGGUUCAACAUCGACUCUCUCGUCGUCUGCAGCACCGAGGUCGUGGACCUGUCGCGCAUGACCAUUGUGCUCACGGGCCAGGACGGCGUCGUCGAGCAGGCCAGGCGGCAGCUGGAGGACCUCGUCCCUGUCUGGGCCGUCCUGGACUACACCGACUCACCGCUCGUCCAGAGGGAGCUCCUCCUGGCCAAGGUCAACAUCUUGGGUCAGGAAUACUUUGAGGAGCUGCUGGACCACCACCGUGAGAUCACCAGCGCCGACGCCGACGUCUCGGCCGCCAGCGAGGGCGAGCAGACCUUGGAGCAGGUAGCGGCCGACUUCCACCCGAGCAGGUUGGCCGCCAGCGAGGCUUUGCGCCACAAGCAUGAGCACCUGAAGAGCAUCACGUACUUUACGCACCAGUUUGGUGGAAAGGUUUUGGACAUUAGCACCAACAGCUGCAUUGUUGAGCUGUCCGCAAAACCCUCGAGGAUUGACUCGUUCCUCAAAUUGAUUGGUCCAUUUGGCAUUCUUGAGUCUGCGAGGACUGGUCUGAUGGCACUGCCGCGGUCACCCCUGUAUGGGCCUAAUGAGGAGGAAGCCCUCAUCAAGGAGGCCGAUGACAUUGUUGACGCCAGCCAGUUGCCCCCUGGUUGAAGGGACUUUAAUUGAAUGUGAACUAGAGCAGCAGAUUGAAUGUACUCUUUUACUCGUACAUGACAUUCAAAUACUUUGUACACGUGCUAUGGGAAGAGAGGCGGCAUUUCUUUUUUCUGGGAUUGAGCUUGUUUAUUCGAUUGCCUCCACGGGGCGGCAAAGCAACUAAACGGCCAAGCCAGUGUCACACGAGCAAAUCAAUAGGGAGAGGGGCGUUCCAGACUCUCCUCAUUGUCGUAUUCUCAAUUGCCGGGAACGAGCGACCAAGGUACUUGCUUUUUGCGCCUGCGUAGAAUCAAAAAGCAUAUAUCAUGCAGGGUAGGCGACCCAGCAGACAGAAGUGGCACAACGCCAGAUCGGCUUACGAUCUGUCUGGAGUGGGGCAAUUCAGUUAAGGGUGCCAGUGUUUGGGUACCUAUCCUGCUAUCUCAGCAGCUAGCAGGGAUGCAAACCGAUUUCCAGAAACAAUUAAUUAAC